ACACGUAGAUCAGAGGUCACAUCCUGUCUGCUCACGUUUGACAAGCCGGUUCAGUUACAACACAAAUAUUUAAAGAAAAUGGGGAAAAUCAAAGGCGGUCCAGUGGUCGAAAUGAACGGUGAUGAGAUGACGCGCAUCAUCUGGGACUUGAUUAAAGAGAAAUUGAUUUUACCAUUUAUUGACCUAGAACUACAUGAAUAUGACCUUAGUAUACAGAACAGAGAUGCAACUGAUGAUCAAGUCACCAUUGAUGCUGCUCAUGCUAUACAGAAAUACAAUGUUGGAAUUAAGUGUGCAACUAUUACACCUGAUGAGAAAAGAGUUGAGGAAUUUAAACUGAAAAAGAUGUGGAAAUCUCCAAAUGGCACAAUACGUAAUAUUCUUGGAGGAACUGUAUUUCGUGAGGCUAUCAUUUGUAAAAACAUACCAAGACUAGUUCCCGGUUGGAAGAAAAGUAUUGUUAUAGGCCGUCAUGCUUAUGGAGAUCAGUAUAAAGCUACAGAUUUUGUGGUACCAGGUGCUGGGAAAUUAGAGAUGAAGUUCACACCAUCAAGUGGUGGGGAAGAAAUGUGCUACACUGUAUUUGAUUUCCAAGAUGGAGGAGGAGUAGCUCUGGGAAUGUACAACACAGAUAAGAGUAUAACAGACUUUGCCCACUGUUCCUUUAAGUUUGCCUUACAGAAAGAAUGGCCAUUGUAUCUAAGUACAAAGAAUACUAUCUUGAAGAAAUAUGAUGGAAGAUUUAAAGAUAUAUUCCAGGAAAUAUACGACACUCAGUAUAAGAAACAGUUUGACGAUAAGAAGAUAUGGUAUGAACACAGACUGAUAGAUGACAUGGUGGCUUAUGCCAUGAAAUCAGAAGGAGGCUUUGUUUGGGCUUGUAAAAAUUAUGAUGGUGAUGUGCAAUCUGAUUCCGUAGCCCAAGGAUUUGGAUCACUAGGAAUGAUGACCAGUGUAUUAAUAUGCCCUGAUGGCAAAACUAUUGAAUCAGAAGCUGCUCAUGGUACUGUCACUAGACAUUACAGAUUCCAUCAACAGAACAAAGAGACAUCAACUAAUUCUGUUGCAUCCAUAUUUGCAUGGACAAGAGGAUUAGCACACAGGGCCAAGAUAGAUGAAAAUUCUGAACUGAAGAAAUUUGCUGAAAGUUUAGAAGCAGCCUGUGUUGGUGUUAUAGAGUCUGGUAAAAUGACUAAAGAUUUAGCAAUCUGUAUAAAAGGAAUGGACAGUGUGGUAAGAAAGGACUACCUAAACACCUUUGAAUUUAUUGAUGCAGUAGCAGAAGAUUUGCAAAAAAGAUUACAGAGUUGACUAGAAGAGAGCAAACUUUAGAAACUUACAAUUUAAGGGUGAUCAUUCUUAGUGUUCAAAACAUACUAUUGUCACUGCCCAAUGGCCAAGUAGUUGGGACUGACCUUCAUCAGACAUAUUUAAAACUAACACAUUCCUAUUUAUUUGACAAAGUUAUUCAUACAUUUUGCCAUGACCUCUUCUUUUAGUGAAAAGCUGUAAUCAACCUAUCAAACAUUUUUGCUUUAAUAAUAUAAACUCAUAAAAGGGGAGAAUUUAUUUUCUAUCUGAAACUGCUUCUGAGAAGCAAUUUUGCAUUUUAUAGCAUAAUCAUGUGUAAAAGUGUAUGCCUAUUUUUCUAGUACUAUAAAUGUUGUUGAAAACACAUAAUGAUUUUUAAAAGUGUAUUUGGCAAGUAAAAAUAACAGAUAAAAUUUGUUUGUUACCUGUUUAAUACCACUGAAACAUUACUGUAAUUGUGAUUUAAUUAGCAUUAUAUUUGAUUGACUUGAUUUUAAAUGAUUAUCUUUGUUUUUGUAUAUAUGUAAUUUGUUAUAAUGGUUAAGAAUGCUAGUAUACUAUUUGAACAAAUCUUUAAGGAUUUUUUAAAAACUUUUUAGGUAUACAUGAUGGAAAUUCAUGUUAUUUAUUUUAGGAAGUGACUUUAUUGUUAUGAUGGUUUAAUCUUUUUAAACUCUGUAAUAUGUUUGAUACAUAAAGCUUUUAAAUGGCAGAUUGAUUGUUAUAUGUUUGAUACAUAAAGCUUUUAAAUGGCAGAUUAUAUACCAAGCUUUACACAUUUUAAUAUGUCUUAACUGAAAUUUGUUAGAAGAAUUAGUCAUUUUAAUUUUAUCUGUUUACAGUUUGUAAUUUUCUUUUAAGAUAUGUUGUUGUUCUUCCUUCAGUAUUAACCAGAUUAAUAUAUUUAUAUAUAUAAAAUAAUGUGAUGAAAUUGUGCAAUCAUGUUCUGUUUAAAAAUUAAUUUAUGUAAAUCAAAAUUGAUUGUGUGUAAAUGGCAUUUGUUUGUUUAUGUAAUUAUUUUCUCAACAUUGUCAUAUGAUAAAAGGCUUUACAAAUGGAAAGCAUAUUUUCAAAUCCAUAAUGUCAGAAGAAGACAAAUAUUUAAAGGAUUUUUUGUUAGUUUAUAAGUAACAUUUGCAUAUCUGAUAAAUAUUAAUUAAGUAAAUUAUAAUUAACCAAAAAAUUAGGAAAAAAACCCAGACAUAACAACUUAAUUUUUACCUUACAAUCUUACCAAACUUCAUUUUUCUUUCAUUGCAGAGCAUUGAAUUAAUAAAUUUGCAUGAUCCUAGCUUCCAGUUUUCUGUAAUAACACGUUUUAAAUGAAAUAAUUGAUAAAUACUGCAAAAAAUGGUAAAAGUUGUUUUAAGAUAUAACCAGUAACGCAUGUAUGUAUGUAUUAUUAUGGGUAUUUUUGUGUAUUCUAUGAAUUUUGUUAAUGUAGUGAAUGUUUUCAUAAGUUAUAAUAAGGCAAUCUUUUCUGUACACUGUGAUGAUCCAAGCAAUUAAUUUUAAUAAAAAUAUGAUUCUA